CUCUAUAAUAUUUGCAGCCUCAAGCCCGCCGAUCGACGGUCUGCGAUUGCGAGAGACGUCCUGGAACAACAGCUCCCGCCACAUACACGAUAUGCUUGCCGCUUCUGGUUUCAUCACCUGAAAUACGCGGGUCAACUUCUCGAGGAUGAGGAUCAAGUCCAUAAAUUCCUCCAAGAUCGAUUUCUCUAUUGGGUCGAGGCUCUCUGUGUUCUCGGAGAAACCAAUCGUGCUAUUCAAAUGAUAGACACGCUAAUUCCCCUCGUGAAGCAACCAAAAAUCAAGCUUUACAAUCUUUUGGAAGACUCGGAGAUGUUGAUUUCCAAAUACAUCUCCGUUAUUCUCGAGUAUCCUUUGCAACUGUAUUGGUCAGCAUUAGUCUUUUCUCCCACGACAAGCUCUAUCCGACACGCUUCCAUAAGAAGCAUCCCGAAGUGUAUCACUUUCCAACGACCACAAAAGUCUGGAUGGACGCCUCUGAUCCAGAACACAGGUCUUGGGGAUGCCUAUGAAGGUUAUUAUGCCGUUGUUGUUUCUCCUGAUUCCAGGCUUGUUGCAUUAAGUGGGCUUGGCGGGGACAUAUCGGUUUGGUCGCUGUCCCUGGGUGUCUUGAUGACCAACUUUCGCAUGCCGAGCCUUCACUCUAUCGGUCCAUACGUUCCAGUCGCCUUUUUCAAGGACUCGAAGCGAAUCGCAUCGGCAUUACAAAACUUAAUCCACGUCUACGUCGCUGAAACGGGCGAGGAACUAUGCUCGUUCCGUAUUCCCGAUGGGGUCGACGUAGUACAACUUGACGUUUCCCACACUUCAGAGAAGAUUGCGGCGUCUUACGACAAUUUUACCGCUGCGAUAUGGACAAUGUCCACAGGGCGUAGGAUCAAGCUCCGGCCUAUAGACAGAGACCAGAGGCGUGAUAGCUCACGCUCUGUAUCACAAGGAGGCUCAUUUGUCAGUUUCUCUCCGAAUUCUGAAAUUGUAGCGACCUCAUCUAUACGUGGAAGUGUCCAUCUUUGGGAAGCCUUGACAGGUAACUGCCUUCAGACGUUUGAAACAAAUGGGCCCGUGGUCAGCCAGCUCGCCUUCGUGUCAGACACCAAUCUCCUGAUCGUUAAGGAAGCGGAUGGAGAAAUUCGAACCUUGAACAUUGACACCGGUUGUUGGAAUUCUCGAGUCCCGGGAGGAGAAAACACACGUGGACCUACAGCUAUUUCACACGACUCGAGGCUCAUCGCGCAUCAAAGUCUCUCCGAUAGCGACGCUAUUUCGAUUUCGUCAUUCGAUACCGGCGAACACUACCAAUCCCUACAUCUCACCAGCAUUCUCGCCGCCAGCCCAUUCAGCUUUCAUUCACUUCGGCCUGAGGAUUGGGUAGCGGCAUUCUCACCCGAUGGCAAAUUUCUCAUUGUUGCUCAAAGCAACGGAGUUGCCAUCUGGUCCUUGUCCAUGAUCCGAAAGCCCAGAACGCUUGACAGUGGAAUGAAUCAGCCAAUACAGCCAAUGUCUGCGGUGACUAAGAGCUGUUUCAUACAUCGGAGAGCUUCCGAAGAAACGGCACAAAUCAUUUCCAUGGACAAAAUCGACGACUCCAACGAGGUUAAUAUUUGGUCGUCUGACACUGGCGAGCUAGACCUGAAAGUCAAAAACGAUGGAGAUAUCUGGGAUUCAGGAAAUGCCACACUCUCGCCUGAUUCAAAAUGGAUGUUCCUCCCUUGCCAGCCGGCAAUCCACAACAUCCAAGAUAGCACAGUCGUUCAUGUCAUGAAGCCUCCAUGCCCUCGUAAUCCUAGCUAUCUCGAUUACAGAAAGGCAAGAAAGAGCGAGGUUUUGUUUUCGGAAGAUUCACAAUCCUUUGCAUUUGGCGCAUAUCAUGACUUUAGUCUCUGGACAAUGCACGGGGGGCUGCAAUACCGAGACUCCACCUGUGCCGGGACCGUCAUCACAAUUACGCCUGAUUGGAAAUACGCGGUCUACACAAUCGAGAUCCCAUGCCUAGAGGCACUCAAAAAGAACGGCGAGCCUAGAUCAGAUGAGAUGUCUCACAGAGUCAGGUACUUGAGCAUUGAUACACACAAAUACGUGGAUAUGCCCGAGGAAGCUGACGACUUCAGCUUUCUCGCCAUAUCACCAGACUCGAAAUGGGUGGCCUCAGUGCCAAAUCGUGGUAAAGAGCUCACCCUAUGGCUAGCAAGCAAAUGCUACCGCCAAGCCCUCUUUGAGCCCGAGUCUCGCAUCACUGCAGUCGCAUUUUCAUCCAAUUCUGAAUCAGUGGCAUCAGCGGACAAGGCUCAAAACAUACGGAUUUGGUCGACAAUUUCGGGGCACUGCACAAACGUCUUGAAUGUAGGACGUAGUCUCUUCGGCCUAUCUUUCUCGCCCGACGAUUCUCAGUUGAGGACUUCCUUUGGGGCCAUUGCCAUCGAAAGGUCCAUCCGCCCACCCCAAGUAGCCAAUUCUACCACGGAUGAUGCCGAACUUGAAAACACGUCUGUCAUGCUUCAGAGACCGCGUUGGCAGGGCUAUGGAAUCGAUGUAAGCGGUAAGUGGAUCACUUGGGACGGUGUCAACUUGAUGCUCAUGCCGACCGAUAUCAACCCUGCUUCGAAUUUGAAUUCCCCUCGCUGGGAUUAUGAUGAUAGGCGAUGCCAGGUGGCUGCUGGCGAAUCCGUUGUUGCUUGGGUAGGUCCCUCUGGCGAGCUAUAUACCAUGGGGUUCUCGAGAGAUAUGAAGCCCUUUGACUAA